AUGAGUAGUACUUCUGAAUUAAAAAGUGCAUUAAAGGGUAAUGAAACUAGAACCAAAAUACCUACUACUAAUAAAAAGAUACAAUUUAGAAUAUUUGUUGGUUCUUAUGAACAUAAUUUAUUAUGUUUAUCAACUAUAAUUGAUCCAUUAGGUGAAUCAGAAUCAAUUUUUCAACCAAUUUUCCAUUUUCAAGCUCAUUCAUUAUCUAUAAAAUCUAUAGAUUUAGCUAAAAGAUAUUUAGUUACUGGUUCAAAUGAUGAACAUAUAAGAAUUUAUGAUUUACAAAAAAGAAAAGAAUUAGGUACUUUAUUAAGUCAUCAAGGUACAAUUACAACUCUAAAAUUUUCAAAUGAAUUAAAUGCGUCUGGGUCAGUUGAAAAAUCAGGUAAAUGGUUAUUAUCAGGUUCUGAAGAUGGUAAAAUUAUAAUAUGGAGAACUAAAGAUUGGGAAGUUUUUGGUACUUUAAAAGGUCAUACUUCUAAAAUAAAUGAUAUUGCAAUUCAUCCAAGUGGUAAAGUUGCAAUUUCAGUAUCACAAGAUCAAACAAUAAGAUUAUGGAAUUUAAUGACUGCUAAAAAAGCAGCAAUUUUGAAAAUAAAAGGUAAAGAUCAUUUAGGUCAACUGGGUGAAUUUGUAAAAUGGUCAAAUGAUGGUAAAUAUUUUAUAGUUGGUUUAUUAAAUCAGUUACUUAUUUAUAAAACUUCAAGUGCAAAAAUUGUAAAGAAGAUUAAAUUUAAAAAGACAUUAAUGUGUAUGGAUGUAUUAAAAUUUGAAAAUGAAAAUUGGUUAUGUUCUGGAUUGAAUAAUGGAUCUAUGGAAUUUUUCAAAUUUGAUGAGCAGAUAUUAAAAGAUAUAUCUGAUGAUGAGGACAGGAUAUGGAAUUCAGAUCCUGUUGAAAUAGAACCAAAUUUCAAAUUAAUAGGGCACACAAAUAGAAUUAAAGGAAUUUCAUUUUUCCAAAAUGAUGAAGAAACUCAAGGUAUACCGACUUUAGUAUCAAUAAGUUCUGACGGUAAAGUAGUUGUAUGGAAUUUAAACCUAAAAGAUCAAAUUGCAGUCUAUGAUACUGGUGAAAGAUUAAAUUGUGUAAUUACAAGUUCUGAAAAUAUUGAAAAAAUAGAUACUAUGAAAAAGAGAAUACUUGAUGAACGACAAGACUAUUCAGAAUCAGAAUAUGAAACAGAUGGUGAAGAAAUUAAAAAGAUAAUGAACAAGAGUAAAAAGAAGAAAGGUAAAAAGAAUAAGAAAAGAAAAGUAAAUAUAACAUUAGAAUAA